UAUAGGUUAUCACAACACUCAGGCUCUCCUCGCCUCUCCCCGGAUCGUACCAUCGCAGGGAUGGACGGCAACUUGUGUGAGGAAGAGCCGGAGAAGAAUCCUUCAUCCGUGACCCACAUCAUGGCGAUGUACGCGGCUCUGUGAGCAGGAGCCCCGCCGUGUUCUCGGCUUCGCUCCCCCCGCUCCGCGCUCACCGUGCGGCGGACGCUUCGCGCGGCGCGCCUCGCCUCCCAUCGUCCGCGGAUCCGCUUCACCUCCUCUCCUCUCUCCAUCCUUCCUCCAGGAAAAAAAGGAGAAGGGGAAGAAGAAGCGGCGCACACCGAGAGCGGGGGCCACAGGACCGGGGAAAGUAACUGAAGCACAGAGAAAUCAUCCAGGGUCUCUUGCCUGAGACUCCAGCCUGAAGGGCCCAGCUUGAGUGCAGCGAAGUGUCCCCAGGGAAGGAGAGUUCAGCUUGGUCUUUAACUGAUCCGACACUCCCUCUGCUUACCUUCCCUUUACCGUUCCAAUAAAGAACUUCCUCUUCGCCCUGGGGCCCUGACUCCACAUUCUUCCAGUUCUCUCAUACCUCCAUCUUCUCAGCUCUCCUUGAUCAACCCACCUCCAAAACUUCUCGGACUCCAGGCCUCCUCCUCCUCCUCCCUGUUCCCUCCCCUCACCGGUGGGCCUGUCCCGGGGGGGUGCAGAGGCCAUGGCGGUGCCCUCAGUCCAUGAGUUUCACUGGCAGAACCUGGCACGACUGCCCAGCGGCCGCGUCUACCACACUCUGUCUGAGGUGGGGGGGCAGAUGUACAUGCUGGGGGGCUGCGACGCUGCGGGGAGGCCAUGCCCCGGCCUGGAGCUCUAUUCUCCUGAGGGGGACCGCUGGAUAAGUUUGCCCCCAAUGCCCACCCCUCGUGCUGGGGCAGCUGUGGCAGUCCUUGGAAAGCAGAUCCUGGUGGUGGGAGGAGUGGGUGAGGACCAGAGCCCCCUAAAGGUGGUGGAGAUGUACAACAUAGAGGAGGGGAGGUGGAGGAAGAGGAGCGCUCUGCGGGAGGCCCUCAUGGGUGUAUCCGUCACCGUAAAGGAUGGACGGGCUCUGGCCGUGGGGGGAAUGGGUGCUGACCUGCUCCCUCGUAGCAUCCUGCAGCAGUAUGACCUGCGGAAGGACGUGUGGGCGCUACUUCCUCCAAUGUUGACCCCACGCUACGAUGCCAACACACAACUGCUGGGCAAUAAACUCUACGUGGCAGGUGGCCGUCAGUGUAAGAGACCAGUAAAGGCCUUUGAGGUGUACGAUGCAGAGACGCGUUCUUGGACAACGCUGCCCACGAUGCCCUGUAAACGUUCCUAUUGUGGCGUGAUCUGGGACACAGCUGGGAGGCUCUGUCUGCUUGGAGGACUGCGACAAGGAGGAGGACACCAGAGCUCCAAGUUCACCAAGAACGUUAACAUUUUCGACACUAACCAAGGUGUGUGGUUGAAGUCGGAGGAGACGGUGGCUCUGAAAACAAAGAGAGCUGACUUUGCUGCUGCGUUCCUGCGCGGCCGGAUGGUCAUAGCAGGAGGACUUGGUCAUGAACCCUCGGCUCUGGACACAGUGGAGGCCUUUGAUCCUCAAAGGAAGAAGUGGGAGAGGUUAGCUCCCAUGAGCUUCCCGAGAUGCUCCGCCUCCUCCAUUGUCAUCAGAGACCGCCUCCUGGUGGUGGGAGGAGUCAACCAGGUUCCCAGCUCAGCCCAUGAGAUCCUCUAUGUGAAAGAAGAAGAGUGUGUGUAGCCUGUAGAGACUGACCCCAAAUCAGAUUCCAGCAACCCUCCUGAAUCCGACUGUAGUGCAGAGUGUGUGCGAAGCUUUGAGAACACUGAGGCAGAUGGAGUCAUGACGUGUGCUGCAACAGAUAACACUUCCCCCUGCUGGACUGCACGGACACUGAGACCCACAUGGAAGCACACACAUGCACAAUGGAGGAGCUGGCUCUUUCUUCACCCCAACUCAUGUUUCCUGAUAUUUUCAGUAUGUUACACUUCUGCGUUGUACGUUGUUGUGCAUACUUGGGGAAGAGGAUAUUUUGUAGCGAUCUUGUCUAGUACUAUAGACAGAGUAUAUGGAAGACCUACUGAGUUGUAUGGGGUAAAUGCAUUUCAUGUUUGGUUUGUUAAAAUGUGUUUAUUUGUGAUCAGCUUGCUAACAACUGAGCAUAUGUAGACAGUGUGACUUUUAUCUAGUUUGAUGAAACAUGCAAUAUUAUAUAAAGAAAGUCAUUACAAAAGAGGGAGGUUUACUUAUAUAACUGUAUAGCAACAACAUUUGCACUGAAGCACCAACACUGAAUGGAGGUUGAUUCUAAUAUUAAUAACUUCUGGUGUAGUGUAUUGUAGUAAUUACACUGAGAAUGCUGUACUACCACUCCUCUGUGCUGUAACAGUGCACAUUUGUGAUUAUUACCAUAGAUCUGUUUAAAUGCAUUGCGUAUAUGAAGAGAACAGAUGUAUGAAAUGACAAUAUGGUUGUAUAAUUGUUGGUUUAGGCAAAUAAGAGGAUGAUUGUACACAUUUGAUUUCUGAAGCAAUACAAAUCUCUCUUUUAUUCAGUGUUUCCUUUCUGCAACAUGUGCUGUGCAGUAAGACUACUGUCUCCUGGGCUCAGAUGUAUAAGCUGUAGAAUAGGUUCAUUGUAUUAAUGAUUCAGUUUAUUUUAUCCUACCUGAUCGAUCUCUGUUAUGUCAAAUAAUCAUCUAGGAUAUGAGUCUUCAUAAUCGAUGGAAUAAAUUCGAUUUGUGUUUUGUAUUGCACUUCUUUCGCACUAGAUGGCAGUGUUGACACACAUGAGCAUGUGAGAGCUUCAUUGAUUCAAAGCUGUGCAAUAUGACUGCAUACAGUACUUAUAAGUGGCUGUAAUGAUAAACUAGCUAACUGUUAGUUUAACACUAUCACAUACAGUAGUUGUCAUGAUUAGAUGAAGAUAACAAACAAGACAGAUGUUGGUUAUCAGUAGAUCAACGUGAAGAGUCGUUUUCCUGCCUUAAACUGCAAUAAUCACAAAAGUAGUGAGUGCAAAAUGCUCAGUACACCAAACGAGCAGUCUUAGCUUACAGUGCAUUAUUAGCUAUUAGCAUGUAGGGAUCUGGUCAGAGCCCUGGAUGUUAUUUAGAUGGUGAGUAGUUGAAACAGGUGGGCAGAGACACGUAUUAGAUCACCCUGAUAGUGUGUGUGUGUCUGUACAUGUCGGGUUUCAGUGUGAGUCCUGGUGACAACGGGUCGACUGAGUGCUUUGGCCAGCAGCCAGUCAUUCAAUGUGCUAACCACCAGCCGGUGUCCCAGUGUGGCCUGUUAGCCUCCAGUCUGGACUCCAGUCAGCAAGUCUCGGCUCCGCUACCUCCCAGCAUGCUAACCGUCAGCCUGCACCUCAGCCUGCACUCGGGCCACUUUGGCUGGAGUUAGGGAGCCUGCAGCCUUCCUGUCUUGAACCAGCUAGUCCACUGCUCCCAAGCCGGCCGCUUUCUGUCUGAGCCUGACCCUGGAGCCUGUGAUAAGUUCCCUUACUCGAGAACUUGUCUGACUAGUUCCCUGAGAUAUCUAGGGAUUGAAGACCCCAGAAGAAAAAGUAGGUCAAGGAGACAAUGAUCCACCAAGCCGCCCUGCUCCACAGAGACUCAAAGGCUACAUCCAUACAACUAUGUUUGCUACAGAUACGCCUGAUGUCCACUCUACUAUGGAGUCUUAGACUUGCUAAAACAGAGAAGUUUCUCCUCUGCCAAGACCCUGAGUUGGCCGUCCCCUCCCCCCUCAUUGUCCACAGUCCGUAGCUGAGUCGUCCAGGGCCAACAUCAAGCCAACAUGGUCCUGAGUCUGUUCCAGAGUUUGCCGUGAUGACAGACGUCUUGUCAGUUCCUGUAUCAGCAGUUUGAUGUCUUGUCGUGUAUUGUUGUGUGACACUAGACAAUUGCCCCACCAUUCAUUCGGAGUCAAUGGUUUUGCUCACAAGUAAGAUCCCAAGUAGGAACUCGGACUUUGAGUGGCAUGUGACAUUGUAUUCUUUAUUGUAGAUCAGAAAAUCUCAACCUCUGAGUUGCCUUGAAAGCAGCAUUUUACCAUUUGUCCCCACUCACCGUCAAAUCAUCUGCCCACAUUUCUGUCUCUAUUCAGGGAUUUUUCCCGUGUAUCAGCCGCCUGUGUUUAUUUUCCUGUCGUGACCUUUCUGCCAUCUUGUCCACACAUCUGACUGUAACCCUGUUGCUCUUACAAAACGAUGCUGUAUUGCAUCAAUAUCAUUAUACUAACAGAUUUUUUUGCAUGUGAACCAGUGACUGUAUAUAAAGAUGGACGACUAUUACCCCCUGGUGGUUGGCUGCAGUAUAGGUCUUACUCCCUGUCUCUGUUUGGUGUUAAUGUGACAUGGACCAAGCUAAAAAGUCAAACUACAAGAUAAAUACAUUUUCCCCUAAGAUGUUUUCUGUCAUUUUGAAUAGUUCUCAUCAAACUGAUGUACCUUCAAAUGCUCUUGUUUCCGAAAAGUUUGGUUUUAUUCACUUAAUUGAUGCUAUAAAAUCAGACCUUAAUAACAUAA